GGAAGAAUUUGUAUAUUUUGCCACAAUAUGUUUUCAAGAAUUCGGAGAUAGAGUCAAGUAUUGGGUGACUGUAAACGAGCCAAACCAUUUUUCAGAUUUUGCUUACAUAAUUGGAGUAUACCCUCCAGCUCACUGCUCGUCGCCGUUCGGGAACUGCUCGGUCGGUGAUUCUGAUACCGAGCCUCUCAUCGUCAUGCACAACAUGUUAAUCUCACAUGCCAUGGCCGCGGACAUUUACGUCAAGCACUUUCAGCUCAAACAAGGCGGGUUUAUUGGAAUAGUUAUAAAUGCAUUUAUGUUUGAACCGCUUAGAGAUGAAGAAGUGGAUCGGCAAGCUGUCAAAAGGGCCUUGGCCUUCAAUUUAGCUUG